AGUGCAAUAACAACAACAAAUAUGCGUGAAAAAAUCUUGAGGUCCAGAGGUCACUAUUGCACACGGCACGUGAUUUUUGUGGUUUUCCGGUUCAAAACUUAUUGUUUACAUCUGCGCUGUUGCUGAGGAAACUGUUUUAUUUCUCAGCACUCCUGCUAUUUUUUUCUCUAUCUAUUCAUGCCCCCAUGCUAUGUUAUAUAUUACAAUCCAAUAUAAGGUUUUUCAAAGUGUUUGUGAUGCAAACUUUUAUUGCCUCGCAGACAUCGCUAUUGCAUCAAAUUAUCUAAUAUUUGUCUACUUUGCAGUUAUUAUCAACAUUCUAUUCAUUACUGCCGUAAUGCAUAAUUAAUUACAAAGUUAAAUAUUUAUAGUGAGUUAAACUGAUACAAUUCAAGUGAAGAAGCUAUGCAAUCAGGUAAAAUUUAGCGCAAUAAAUACUUUUUAAUAAUUACCUGAAAUUUAAAGUACAUAAUUGGAAAUGAAAACAAAUGCGCCUGCCGGAAUUAAUAAAUAUUUUAAUCGAAUCAGGGGGUACCUCCGAUACCUCAAAUGUUGGAGUAUUAUACGGACUUUACCACCCCGGGAAAUUUACCCUACAACAUGGCGAAUGCACAUGUAGAAAAUACAUCAGAUUUGUUAGUGAAAAAUCUUCCUCGACAGUUCACUGACAACGAUAAAGAAUCAUUUUUGAAACACUUUGGAGCGAAACAUGUUGUCUGCAUGGCAAAGAUUGGUAAAAUGCGCAAUUCAGCUUAUGCGACCUUUCCAGAUUUCUCCUCUGCUAAACAGGCUUUGGUACGAUUGCAUCAGCUGGAAGUCCUCAAUCAAAGGCUUGUUGUUGAGUUUGCAAAGGUGCAACAUAAAGAAUCAGCUGCUAGGGAAAGAUCCAGGUUAUCGCCAAAGCCAGAUGCUGUUCUCGAGGAUGAGAAAGCAAGUGAAUCUGGUGACAAGGAUUCAACAUCAGGUGCCAAUGAUGAGGACAAGAAUUGUGAUGUUGUGAGCAAAAAACUGGGGCUCAAUUAUCGCAGGAAUCCUUAUCUUUAUUACCUGUAUCCUCCACCAACACCUUCUAUCAUCACAAACAUCGCAAACGCCCUCAUCUGUUCUCCAAAGUUCUACACUCAGGUUUUGCAUCUGAUGAACAGGCUAAAUCUUCCUGCACCUUUUGGCUUUCAAACGCCGACACCUCCUUUUCCAGGAGAAAGGGUUCCAGAGGAGCCACAGAUCUCAAGUGAGGAAUCAGAACUGGAGAGCGAUUCAGAGAAUAAACAGACCAAUGCAACGCAGAAAAGACCUUCAACCGGAAGUAAACCCAAAGCAAAGCGACUUCGUGUUCAGGCUACCCAACUCAUUCAUCAGAAUCAACCAAAACUUUCAUCGAAACCAGUAACGGUCCAAUCUGUUUUCGAACAAGCUGUGGGAAAGCCUCAGCAAAGUACCAACAAGAUUGGUCAAAAGUUAGCCGAAACGAUAUCCGCCAUAUUCGACGCUGCUCCAUCAAGACUCUCACUCGAAGAUGAGCAGAAGAAAGGUUUCGGUGCAGGCGAGGGUUCGGGAUUUGGAAUUUUCGCUCCGCGAACGUACGAAGACGAAAAACGAAAUGACAGUGAGGAUGACUUUGGAAGUGAAGACAGCGAUAAUGGGGAAUUUAUCUCCCUUCAUGAACUGAGAAAAAACAGAAUUAGCCGAGAAGAAAUGAAAUCGUUAUCGGCGUUCAAGAACUACUCCUGUGGUGAAGUAACAUGUCGUCUUUACGUGAAAAACAUCGCAAAACAAGCCGACACCAAGGAUCUUCGUCGUGUUUUUGGAAGAUUUGUUGACCAGGAAAACGAAGACUGCAAAUCAAGUUUUGACGUUCGUCUGAUGAAAGAAGGCCGAAUGAAGGGGCAGGCGUUCGUGAGCUUUGCCGAUGAAAAGUCGGCCGAGUUGGCGUUAAAGGAAACAAAUUGUUAUGUUCUGUUUGGUAAACCUCUUGUCGUGCAAUUCGCGCGGUCUGCCAAACCGAAAACAUAAAGAGAAAAAAGAAUUAUUAGGUAAAACGCAGAAGAGUACUCUCGCAUUUUGCGUGUUUGCCAGGAGAUUUAUUUUACUUGAAAUAUUUUCGCACAGUGCGAAUAAAUAUAAUGGCGUUAAGUGACCACAAACUAUAUAAUACAACACUGUUUUCUUUACAAAAUAACUGUAUAUAAAUUCAUUGUGUUUAUCAAACGAUACGAUUACUGCAUAAUGUA